AUGGAAGACGACGAUGAUAAGCCGGAUCGCCAGGUGGAGAGCAUUCGUCUGGAGCUGAAUGAGGAGGUGAUGGAUAAGGACGAGCAGAAGAAUGUGUGGGUUGCUCAGAGAAUGUUGGGAAAAGGUGCAUUCGGUACCGUAUACCACGUCUACAAUAAGAUCAGCAAGCAGGAGGCGGCACUCAAGCAGCACCGACCAGUUGUUCCAGUCGUCAACAAGAUGACCCAUAACCCUCACAAUAAGAAGAAGCAACCACUGCAGCGGGAAUGGGAACACUAA